AUGAAUGGCUCCAUUCAGUACAGUGCAAAGAAAGUCCCCUGCACUGUCCACCAGGACUUCCGGCAUGGGCACGGGACGUUUGACCCUCGCCCGCAGUUUGACACUUACGCUCCCUGGGCAGGGAGAGGUCUGGGGGCCCUACAGUCCGAGCAGAAUCAGCAGGAAUACCCGGCGGGCCGCGGCGGCAUUGGUGCGGAGGGCCGCUGGGAAACGCCUCCUCCGGGGGCGGGGCCCAGAGCUCGCAGUCAGAGUGCCCGCCCCACCUCGGUCCCCCUCCCAACACACACUGAAGGCUUAAAGGGGCCGCAUCUUAGUCCAGAGGUCUGCAGGACUCAGGGUGCUGCUUUCAGCCCACAGGGUUUUCAAGGCAUGAGGCAAAUGAAGGACCAAUUACAAAGACUACACCCCGGUUGGCAUUUUGGAAGAAUAAAGAAGAAUGGAUGCAAAAAUUGCUUUUCUGUGAAUGAAUUCCUUCUCUUGGGAAUUAGCAAUAACCCUGCAAUUAAAGUGACCCUCUUUAUCACAUUUCUAAUUGUUUAUCUCAUCAUUCUUGCUGCAAACCUCGGGAUGAUCAUUUUAAUCAGAAUGGAUUCCCAACUCCACACACCAAUGUAUUUCUUCCUGAGCCACCUCUCCUUCAGUGACCUCUGUUAUUCUACAGCAAUUGGACCCCGGAUGGUAGACUUCAUUGCCAAGAACGAGUCCAUUCCCUUCUAUGGCUGUGCUCUGUAGUUCUUGAUCUUCUGUACUUUCGCAGAUGCUGAGUGUCUACUGCUGGCAGUGAUGGCCUUUGAUUGGUACCAGGCCAUCAGCAACCCCUUGCUCUAUACAGUCAGCAUGUCCAGCAGAGUGUGCUUCCUGCUCAUGGCCGGGGUUUACAUUAUAGGAAUUGUAGAUGCUUCAGUAAAUACAAUAUUAACAUUCCGGUUAUGUGUCUGUGGAUCAAAUGUGAUCAACCACGUCUUCUGUGAUGUCCCACCUCUCCUUUUGUUAUCUUGCUCAGAUACACAAGUUAACGAGUUAGUGAUCUUCACCACUUUCGGCUUCAUUGAGCUGAUUACCCUUUCAGGCCUUUUUGUCUCUUACUGUUAUAUCAUCCUAGCAGUGAUAAAGAUCCACUCCACUGAGGGGAGGUUCAAAGCUUUCUCCACCUGCACCUCCCACUUAACUGCUGUUGCCAUUUUCCAGGGAACACUGCUCUUUAUGUAUUUCCGGCCGAGUUCUUCCUACUUUCUUGAUCAAGACAAAAUGGCCUCAUUGUUUUACACCCUUGUGAUUCCCAUGUUAAACCCUCUGAUUUAUAGCCUAAGGAACAAAGAUGUGAUAGAGGCUCUGAAAAACUUUAAAAAUAUAAAGUGGUUUCAUUGA